CGCACUCCUCGGGACGGAGCCGAGAGUGAGGGGAGCACCCGCCAUUUUGUUGCGAUCGCGGGAAGCGGCGGACGGCGGUUGGAACCCGCGACUUGCGCCGAAACAUCCAUCUCCCGGCCAGUUUCCUUUCGUUUGGCGUCUUAACCAAACUAAUUCUACAGACUGCAGAGCGUGGGCUCCGGCAGAGUCGCGCAAAUACUCUCGGCGUUUCUCGCUCUCUCUCUCUCGGUGAUCCCAUCGGGUUUUUUUUUUUUUAGUUUUUACGCACCUACUUGGAGCCGCACCAACCGCCGCGCUGGAGGGGAACGGGAUGCAAAACCACAGCGGCGUUAUCCGCGGGCCGGCGGGCAACAACGACUGUCGGAUCUACGUGGGCAACCUGCCGCCGGACAUCCGCACCAAGGACAUCGAGGACGUCUUCUACAAGUACGGCAGCAUCAGGGACAUCGACCUGAAGAACCGCCGCGGCGGCCCGCCCUUCGCCUUCGUCGAGUUCGAGGACCCGAGAGACGCGGAAGAUGCCGUAUAUGGACGCGAUGGUUAUGAUUAUGAUGGAUACCGUCUGCGUGUUGAAUUUCCACGGAGUGGGAGAGGGACUGGAAGAGGGGGUGGUGGUGGUGGUGGCGGCGGCGGCGGAGGAGGAGGCGGUGGUGGAGGAGGAGGCGGAGGUGGUGGUGGUGGUGGUCAAACACCAAGGGGAAGAUAUGGGCCCCCCUCUAGGCGCUCAGAAUACAGAGUGGUGGUAUCAGGGCUUCCUCCGAGUGGUAGUUGGCAAGAUUUGAAAGAUCACAUGCGGGAAGCAGGUGAUGUAUGUUACGCUGAUGUUUUUCGUGAUGGGACUGGUGUCGUGGAGUUUGUUCGCAAGGAAGAUAUGAACUAUGCUGUACGAAAGCUGGAUAACACAAAAUUUCGAUCACAUGAGGGAGAAACAGCAUAUAUCCGUGUGAAAGUUGACGGUCCACGAAGUCCAAGCUAUGGAAGAUCUCGUUCACGUAGCCGCAGUCGAACCAGAAGUCGUAGCCGAAGCCGCAGCAGAAGCCGUAGUUACUCUCCCAGACGAAGCAGAGGAUCUCCCCGCUACUCACCCCGUCAUAGCAGAUCGCGCUCGCGUAGCUAGAUUGUAAAUCCAUUGCUGGAAUUUCUUGUAGAACGCCACUCUUUUCCUUAAUUAGAAUGGAUUCUUUAUUUUUAAAUCCACGUUAACUUGUUUUAUUCAAGUUUAGUACACAAUUUAAAAUCGAUACCGCAAAGAGGGUUGAGUCUCUUUUGUUAACAUUCCCUCGUCAUUGCUGAGGUCUGAUAAUUGUAUAGAUAGAAUAGAUUUGGAGUUUGGGAAGUUUUCAAAAUGGUGUCAACAUGACAUGAAUUAACAGUAAACUGUUGCAGUAAUUUGUUAAUGUUUAUACUUCAUUUGAAUUGAAUAAAUCCUAAUGUAAGAAUUGUAGGAUGCUAUGUAGAUAGGGCUGUUGUGAAACAUGUCUGUGAAAACCUUGUGUUGUACCUUAUCUUACCUUUUCAUGUAUCUUCCUAUAGACAUAUCUCAACUGAGGAUGGAUUAAGCAUUCUUUGGAUUAAAGGAUUGUGGAGCUCAUUUCAGUCAUAUUAGGAAUAUCAAAUCGUUUCUAAUUGGAGGAGGAGGAGCAAUCUGAUCAUUUAUGGAGGCAAUGGUAUGACUCCAAGUGCUAUUGUCACAAUUAAACUUGGCAGUAUUGAAGUUGUGCUUCUUUUGUACAAAUGGUUGUAUAAUCCAUGAACUGUGGUGUUACUGUGCCGCAUUACGAAGUUCUGUGCAGCAUCAAUACUGCUGAGCUUGCAUGUUCUGUGUGACUAGUCUGGCAUUGGUUUUCACCAUUUUGAGCAGAAGUUCCAUUGGUAAACUUUACAAACUUCUAAAAGAAUUAAAAGUAAAAUGGCUGUAUUUCAGCAGUUUGGUUACCUGGAUCAAAAAUUCAUCAAUUUAGUGCGUAAUACAGUUAAGUGGUGAAUUACAUGUAUAGUACAACUCAAUUACUAGAUUUCACAUGGUAACUAGAAAUGAAGGCGUCGAUGAAAGUAAAAAAACUGCACCAGUAAAUUUUGUUGUAACCGAAGUGCGUGUAGUACAUGCUAUCAGGGCUUGAAUUUAUAUCCACUAGUCCAACAUCAUGUCCCUUAUUUCAUUUACUUUCCAAAUAAACCGAGCAGUAUCUAUAGACAUAAUUUAAUGUAGCUAAGUAAGUGUAAGGCUUAUAUCAUGUGCCCAUUCAUGGGUCACAAUGAUGUUGGGUUAGUGAAUGCUUAACUACAAUAGUAAUUUGUCAUUUUUAAUGGUAUUGUGAAAUAAAAUUACUUCUUAAAAUAUGUAACAACGUUCAUAUUGACUAGGGGUGUGCUGCAGUUUGUGCUGUUCAUCUGUCAAAGCAUCUGUAUAUAUUGACCAGAUGACAGCUAUGACUGUCCCAUCCCAUAUAAACCUUGUUGUUUGUUGUAUCUAACGUUUGCCUCCUUUUUUGGUUUUGCUGGUUAUUAAAGGUUUGGAUUGGAGAGGGCUCAUUGGAUCCCAAUCCUUGGAGCUGGAUCUUUGGAUUCAAUUCAUUAUGAGGAUAGGAUAGGGAGGAUCAUAACAUGGAUUCAUGGAGCGGGAUCAUAUUACCAGGAGCUGUAGGAGUGGAUUGCUGCCCCAAUCAAACCGUGUAUUUGUGGAUUUUUUUGUUUUGUUUGUUAUUUUCUGUUUUUGUUUUUUCCCUCAAACCCACAAUUGGCUAUUCGAAAAGCCCUUCCCUGUUUUUUUGUUUUGUUUUUUUAAUCAGUUGGAAUUCAAUGGAUGGCCCGUGGGAUUGGCUGUUUUUUGUGUGUUCCUUUGGCCUUUUUUCGUAAACGGAGUGAAGCCAGGACCAGGAGAGGUACCACUGGAGCAAUCUCUUUGGAUGGAUUCGGCAUUCAGGAUUUGGUAACAAUUUAACAAGGCUGAUAUCUAACUUUUUGUACUUUAUUAUGGGGUGUUUGUUAAAGAUAUGAAUUGGCUGUGCGUUCCAAAUUUAAGGGAUUGAUAAAAUCGAUUGAUUUUUUGGCCCAAACGUAUUACAUCUUAAGCUUUAAUGUUUAACAUCCAUUUUGACAAUAAAUUACUUUUUAAGUGUAUGUUUGGGUUGAUAAUUUUGUGAACAGAUGUCUGGCUUCCAUUUUGUGUAAUUUUGUCAGGAGCCUUAAGUAAUCUCCAAACUGUUCACAACAAAUGCUGUAAAUAAAAUGCAUUUUAUAUAUUCCCAUUAAUUUACAAGUUGUAUUACCACAUUUAUGAUGCAAAUUAGUAUUCUAAAUUUUGGUUACUUGACAUGGGCGUGAUGUAUUGGGCUUACAUUUGUUGUACUAGAAUCUGCUGGUAGUUUUAAGUUUAGUUCCUUAGUUGGGUAUUGUAAUGGAACAACUAACGGAAAAAUCAAGAUAAUCUACAAUAGUGUGUAAUUCCACCACUAAAUUGUUAAUCUUUUUCGGAGUAAUCAAACACUCUUCAGCUCAAGUAUAUUAGAACAUGAAAGCGUUUUCCUACUUUUUGUCUAUCAAAAAAAAUCUAUUGCCAGAUGGAUGGUGAUUUCUAAAACUAAAGAUGGGUGGGAUGGUCAUUUUAGGAUUAAUUUGGGUUGAUUUUCUUUUUUUGCUCCAGAAAAUUGUUACUUUUGUUAACAAAGGGAUGGAUAAGUAGAAAGUGAUGUGUUGCCAUUGGUUGUCCCUAAAGCACUUAAUUGAGGUGCAGUAGAGACAUCUUGUGGUUAGCAUCCUUUGUGUGUAUUGUAUGCACUCUCCUUGAGACAUUAGAUAGCUUGUACAAGAUGAGUGUAAUGACUAAACACAGUGAGACAAAGAAUGUUGUGAAUUUUAAUAAAGGAUCAACAAAGCCGUU